AUGGCUGGUGUCUUGAGCAAGCGCCAGCAGGCGCGUAACGAAAAAGUCCUCCAUGAUCUGGUCCAGUCCGUCCCAGGAAAUAACUUCUGCGCCGACUGUCAGGCACGGAACCCAGCAUGGGCCUCAUGGAGUCUGGGUGUGUUUCUUUGCAUGAGAUGUGCUGCUAUCCAUCGAAAAUUGGGCACGCACGUCUCCAAGGUGAAAUCCUUGAGCAUGGACAGCUGGUCUAACGAGCAAGUCGAGAACAUGAAAAAGGUCGGUAAUGUCAGGUCCAACCAGAUCUACAACCCAGACAACAAAAAGCCACCCGUUCCCAUCGAUGCCGACGAGGCCGACUCCGCCAUGGAACGCUUUAUUCGCACCAAAUACGUCAACAAUAAUCCUGCUCCUGUGAGGAAACACCACUCGGCUCUCUCUGACGAGGGUGUCCCGCCACCGCUACCGCCGAAAUCGGGAGGCAAGUUUGGCUUCAGAUCCGCUUCGUCGAUUUUCCCCCUGUCGUCUCGCUUGAGAAAGGAUUCGUCGUUGCGCAGCACCCCGAGCCCCAUGGACGUUCCCGGAACCCCUCCCCCCAACGAUCUGCCGAACAAACCCUCCAAGGUGUUCGGCGCCAGUGUUUCUUACGAGCAGGAAGACACGGAAAAAAAACUGGCGAGCUUGCGGGACAUGGGGUUUUCUGACGGCCAGCGGAACGCAAUGGUGCUAAAGGGAGUCAGCGGUAACUUGGAGCGAGCCAUCGAGACCUUGGUACGCUUGGGGGAGAGUGACAGGAGGUCGCCAUCAUUGACUGGACAUCGUGACAGCUCGUUGCGCGCGACGCGCUCGCAUGCGAACCUGUCGACGUCGAGUGGUCUAUCUACGGCACAGCAAACAUUCAGUGACCAUGCUCAGUCCCCUUCGACCGCCUCUAGCAACAACCCCUUUGACAUGUUGCCGCCGCAGCCACAGUCUUCUCAGUCGACGGGCACGCUACAGAACAAGAACCCGUAUGCAAACAACCCGUUCGGAGCGCCGACGCAGCAGCAGCAAGACAUCGAACAGGCCUUUGCCAACAUGUCCCUGGCACCUACUCAGCCUCUGUUCCCCCAUCACACUGGCGGUCUCCCAGCUUCGCAACCAUUCGCACAACCUCAGCAGAUGUAUCAGCAGUCGAUGACGCCGCCGGUGCCGCAGCAGCAGCAGCAGAAUUACAGCCAUUCCAUGAGCUUUAAUAGUAAUAUGACGCAUCCUCAACCAAUGCAGCCGCAGAUGACAGGUUACAACCCGUUCCUUACGAAUCAGGUGCAGCCUCAGCAGCAACAGAGCCUCGGGAUCAACACUGCUUCGGCGUCUGGCCCGUUUGCCAACAACCCCUUCACGCGAUCUCCAACGCGGAUACAGUCCCCCACGCUGGGCCAAAUACCCGAGCAAUCGCAAACGAGCUUCUACACCAACUCGCCGCAAACGAUGUCGAUGCACAACAGCAAUCCGUUUUUCGCGCAGAUGGGCCCACAGCCGCAAGCCCAGCAACAAAUGCAGCAGCAGCAGUUUCAGCACGAUCAGUACUCCUUCCAGCAACAGGAGCAGAACCCGUUCCAUCAGCAGGGUCAACGGCAGUUCCAACCCCAGGGCCACCAACAGUUCCAGCAACAGGGGCAGCCUUUCCAGCAGCAAGAAACGGGCCAGCAACAAUACCAAGCCCCGGCUCCUCAGCCAAUGUACCAGCAGCUUCAGCAACCCCAGCGGCCGGACAAGGCUUCAAUCUUGGCCUUGUACAACUACCCGCAAUUGGCUCCUCAGCCUUUCACCGGCCAGACACAAACACAGGAAGCGGCGCAGGCGGAAACCACGGCGCCCCAGCAUCUGAACCACGACACAAAUACGUCGACGCAGACGGCAGGGAGCAAGAAUCCCUUCUUGGCAAACGGAACCACAUCACCAGUCGUGGCCCCGGUCCAAGGAAUUGGAACGGAGGUAGGACCACGCAAGCCGGGCGUCAGCCGAGAGAGUAUGGCAUUUACAGACAUGCAAUGGACAAACGGUCGUCACAGCCCGGAUGCGUUUGCCAGUCUGAGCGCGAGGCACAUGUAA